AGUUCCCUGAGAUGCUUGCGGGAGUUGGAGCAUGCUCGUUGGCUGUCUGUGGUCCUGACGUCAGGGAGAUUGUGUGAGAGCGCGUGGAGUCCGGCAGUGAGCGCCCUCUCCCUCUACCCGCCGCGCGAGCCUCCAUUGUGAGCAAGCUGAACGAUGCGAGCGCUCCUAGCCGCCGCCGCCGCCCAGUAGAAACCAGCAUACAGAGGAGUCCGUGCUACGUACCCCAAAAGAGGGACCAAAGGAGCGCAGGAGACGCAGAAAGGCUUUUAUGUUAAUCGAAAAUCUCACACUGUCGUCCGGGUUUUAAUGCUUUAGCUAGACGCCAUAGGAGAGAGAGAGAGAGAGAGAGAGAGAGAGAGAGAGAGAGAGAGAGAGAGAGAGAGAGAGAGCUAGACAGCCUGGAGAGGGAUAGGGAAGAAAUAGAGAGGUAAAAGGGAUUGCCGGUUUUGCACCUCGCCUGUUUUGGAGUAAAAGAAGAGCCGAGGUUUGUCUAGCCAUGGGAUGUACAUUGAGCGCAGAGGAGAGAGCAGCUCUGGACAGGAGCAAAGCCAUCGAGAAAAACCUCAAAGAAGAUGGAAUCACUGCCGCUAAAGACGUCAAAUUACUCCUGCUAGGAGCCGGGGAAUCCGGCAAAAGCACCAUCGUCAAACAGAUGAAGAUUAUCCACGAGGAUGGUUUCUCUGGUGACGAUGUGAAGCAGUACAAGCCCGUGGUCUACAGCAACACCAUCCAGUCCCUGGCUGCCAUCGUCCGCGCCAUGGACACCCUGGGCCUCGAAUACGGGGACAAGGAGCGUAAAGCUGACGCUAAGAUGGUGUGUGACGUGGUGAGCCGUAUGGAGGACACAGAGCCGUACUCCCCUGAGCUUCUGUCCGCCAUGAAGAACCUGUGGUCCGACUCCGGCAUCCAGGAGUGCUUCAGCCGUGCCCGCGAGUACCAGCUCAACGACUCCGCCCAGUACUACCUAGACAGUUUAGAUCGGAUUGGAGCUCCAGACUACCAGCCCACAGAGCAAGACAUCCUCAGAACCCGAGUGAAGACCACUGGCAUCGUAGAAACCCACUUCACCUUCAAGAACCUGCAUUUCAGGCUCUUUGAUGUGGGAGGCCAGAGGUCGGAGAGGAAGAAGUGGAUCCACUGCUUCGAGGACGUGACGGCCAUUAUCUUCUGCGUAGCUCUCAGCGGCUAUGACCAGGUCCUGCAUGAAGACGAGACCACGAACCGUCUGCACGAGUCCCUGAAGCUCUUUGACAGCAUCUGCAACAACAAAUGGUUCACAGACACCUCCAUCAUUCUUUUCCUCAAUAAGAAGGACAUUUUUGAGGACAAAAUAAAGAAGUCUCCUCUUAGUAUCUGCUUCCCUGAGUACACAGGCCCUGACACUUUCACAGAUGCCGUGGUGUACAUCCAGGGUCAGUAUGAGACCAAGAACAAGUCUACCCACAAGGAGGUGUACGCUCACAUCACUUGCGCCACCGACACCAACAACAUCCAGUUCGUCUUCGACGCCGUCACUGACGUCAUCAUCGCCAACAACCUGCGCGGCUGCGGUCUCUACUGACCUCUGGCAUCACCAGGGCAGCAGGACUCUCGCUUUUGCCGUCCACUCCAAUUCGGUUUCUGUAAAAGAUCCUUUAUCAUUCUGCUGGAAGUCCCCUGAUAAAAAAAAGUUAUUUGGCUGCCAGUUCACAACGCUGUAUAGAACCCUUUCGCUAAUACAAAAGAUUAUUUUAUUUGCCAGAAAAGAAAAAUUUUAGUGUGGACAAGGUUAUAUGAAAAAGCCGUCAUUUCUAGUUGGAAUUAAGUUUCCUACUGUACCUAAUGCUGUUGGGAGUAAGCCAAAAUUAAUAUUUAUCUCUGCCAAAACUAUUAAGUGCCAAGACUACACCAAGGAUGUUCGCAGUAGCAUCCACUGUGUUUGCAGAAAGACCAAAGAUUGCUAUGGCUUAAUUUGAGCUAUUUUAUGUGUGUGUCAACGAUGAGACCUUUCAUUGUAAUUUCCAGUAUUGUCAUUGGGAUGAUCUUGGUCAUGGUUUAUGGGAGUGCAGACUAUGUUUUACAUCUUCAUGUGCACAACUACAUAGGAAGCACAUGUGAGAGAAACUACCGUUGCACUAUUAUAAAAUAUACUUUACAAACCAUGAUUCACUAGGGUAGAGUAUCUCAUCAAAUCAUUCCACCGCAGUGGGUUUGCUAUUACACUCAAGUGAUCUUUGAUUUUCACUUUGUACAAAAGCGUCUGCAAAUUACUCUAGCUAUAACUGUGUCAGUGUAGAAUUUUUAGACAAUCAUGGAAUGUUAUGUGUUGGGUUACAAUGUCAGGACAGAAAUGUUGUUCUUCAGAUGAAACACAACUGUUGGCAUUUAAAUGGAACCUGAGCUCCCACUGUUCUACUGCCUCUCUGAGGAGCUGCUUAAAUGAGCGUAAAAUAAGUACGAGGCACGCCAUCCUUUCUCUACAUCACAUCGCUGCGUCUCCACAUGGCCAUGAUGGAGACGGGCGCAGGUUGUCAGGCUGUACAGCUUAUUCUCCACAAUCGACUUGACAACAGUGAUAAGGAAGGGUGACUGUAGAUGUAUAACAGCAGCCUGUACAUUAAUAAUUGAUCGCAAUUUAUCAUUUAUCAUGUAUCAGUCAUGUUUAACAUCCAAUUAACCUUUAGCGAUGGCCAGGUUCUCGUAAGACCAAGGAGAGGAGAGCUGAUGACUUUCUGAUGCUGUCACUGGUGAAGAAAAGCUUGACUGAUUUGAUAUUUGUGUCUGUUCUUUUUAUACUUGCCAUGCAGUGACUUGCAUAAACAGCCAAGAACUUUCAAAGAGAAAAAAAAACCCUCAAUCAUUAAAAUGUUCACAAAGGGCUCAUUGUUAGCAUCUACACAGCCAAAUGGGUGUCUUUAGGACUCGUUCUCAGCAUCUACGUGGCAAAAUGUUUUUUUUUAAAGUGGUUUACUUCUGAGGACAUUUUUUCUACUAUUAUUUUUUCUUUCUUUUGGUUGGGUCUUGCUUUUGUAUUCUCCUAGCUUUGCUCUGAAGGAUGGCUGUGUAAAUAGGACUCUUAAGCGAGCUCUCAACAUCUCUGUGUGAUUCAGCACCAGCAUGGGUGCUAGCGGCCAGUGUGUGUGUGUGUGUGUGUGUGUGUCUGUGGCGUGAGUACAGCUAAUCCGCCGCGCUUUCCAUCUGGAGUCCACACCUCUCGUGUCUCCCUCUCUCUCUCUCCCUCCCUCUCUCUCUCCCUCUCUCUCUCCCUCUCCCUCUCUCUCUCUCCCUCUCUCUCUCCGCCGUCUCAGUCUGCUGCCCAAGGCCUCCGGCGCCAUGCUUAAUUCGGCUAACACUCACGAUCCCAUCGCCAGCCACUCACCAGAUCUUAGACCAGCUAUUCUCUCUAUCUCUCUCUUUCUCUCUCUCUCUCGCUCACUCUCUCCUCUCUCUGGUCCUCUGUCCCUAAGCAUAUUUACACUGAUGCCCAUUUCAUCCAUUAUCCUCUCCUCUUUAUAUACGUUAUUAUGUUUACAAAGCUAGGCUCUGAAGUCAUCCAUCAUGCGACACACGCCGUUCUGGUUAUGGGAGUCUUGCGCUCCGUUUGUGUCCUCUAUGUGGAGACCUGUGUGGAGUGGAGUGGAGUGGAGUGGAGUGUUAGUCCUGGGCCUCUGUUUAUGAGGCUGUUAUAGCCCCAAUGAGCUGACCUGAAGUCACCUCUGUUGCCUGUGGUGGCAUUGAGAUGUUGUUGAGUGUCGUGCACUCACACACACACACACACACGCACACACGCACGCACACACACACAGGGCUGUGACUGAUGAGGCAUCAGUGGAUUCAUUUAACAGGAAACAGCUGUUGCUCCUCUCAUUAAGCCGACGCUGUGGGAGAGGACGAGGGCAGAGGGAACAAGGCGGCCUCGGGCGCGGCGCCGCUCCCCGUCCUUCACCGAGCCUCUUUCCAAAGCGCUCCUCUCGCACACCUGCCCAGCCGCCCGCACGGUGGACGCUGUGCACGGCACGCAUGGGCGAAUGAGGAGGGCAAGUAGAGGCAUCGCGCUGAUGCAAGCGCAAAGCAAGGGGCCAGACACGACACACGCUGCUGUUUCUCCCACCGGCCGGGUUGAGAGGGAGAGUGUGUGUGUGUGUGUCGGAGAGGCAGCUGAUUUGGUGACGUGGGCCGUCCUCUCGCCCUCCUCUUCCCUCUGGCAGGUGAGGUGGCAGGCUGGUGCUGUUAACCUGCGACGUGUCUGGGUGUGCGCCAACGUCACGGUGAAUCAUUUCAGCGCUUUCAACUUCCUCAGCAUUGCCUCCCAGCUUUAUGUUUUAUGAUACACCACCGGAUUCUCUUCUCAUCUAUCUCUCUCUCUCUCUCUCUCUCUCUUUCUGUCUCUCCCUCUCUCUUUCUUUCUGUCUCUCUCCCCUCUCUCUCUCUCUCUCUCUUUCAAAUUCUGUUUCAUUCUCUGAUUCAUCCAGACUUUGUUCCAGAUGAUAUUCUUCUUGGUUUUAUAUUUCGAUAGAAGACCUUUCUUUUCGUGAUGCUGUAGAUGGGAAGGAAUCUCCCUUCAAUCCCUGCUAGCUCUGUUACUCACAGCUGGAGAGCCGUCAACUCUCCCAAUCGAGAGCCUGACAGAGCAGUGAGUUUAGGUGUCUGCGUGAGGGCUGUCUCGCUGAAAGAUGGCUUCCAGGUCGGCAAAUACUGUGAGAUUGCUGGGCUGUAAAGCAUAUGUAUUUGGUUGAGGGAAUGAUGGGUAAUAAAAUCAGUGACCGCAGCAGGAAGACUUAUGGGUAAUGAAGUUCUCUGCCCAAGGUAAAGAGGCUUAUGGGUAAUUGGUUCUGUCUGCUGCUGUGAGACUGAUAGGUGGUGUGCUGGUGUGGUCGCCCUGGCUGUGGCUCUCUCUCUCUCUCUCUCUCUCUCUCUCUCUCUCUCUUUCUCUCUCUCUCUUUCUCUCUCUCUCUUUCUCUCUCUCUCUCUGUCCAUGAGCAGUAGUCUUUCCACAGCAAACUUAAAUUAUGCACACACAGCAGGCAAGACUUUUCUUUUUUUGUUAUGUAUAUUUUAAAAUAUAUCACACUUCUAACUUCUUGCCAAAACCUCUUUACACAAACAGUGCCAUCCUCUACUUUGCACACUGGCAGUUGAGCAGGCAGUUUUUAAACAAUGCAAGAUCAGCACAGCUUAUUAUCCCUAUUAUUAUUUAUUUUUUACAUCAUUAUUUUAUUUUUUUGCUACACAGUGCAGUCAAAGAAAUGUUGUUGUUGCCAGGUUUGAUCAUAUUCCCCCAUUUUCCUUUGCCGGGGUCUUUCUCCCUGUUUUAGCAACUCUCUGUUUUAGCUCCAGCUGUGCUUUAGCGGCAGUUAAACGCUGUCCUCCCGUUUGGAGCUCCUCUAUGGGCCCGUCAGCCUGCAGCCCGCCGGCACCUCUGCUGUAAUUAGUAUUUGUUUUGUUUUUGUUUUUGUUUUUUUUGGUUUUGUUUUGUUUUUCUGAAUGUCUCUGUCGCUGCUGACAUUAUUUAUUUGAACGAUUAAUAUGUAUUUAUAUAAAAAAUGAUUGAUUAAAGAGCCCAUGAAACUCAGUGUCCCGUGCUUAAUGAGUCUUGAGUGAGUCUUCUUAACGGUGUUUGGCAUCAUCUCUCUUACUGUUUCCGAUUUCUUUUAAGCUGCUCUUUUCUAUGCUUCACUGUUUGGUGUGUGCGUGCC